AUGGAUGGUGGUGAUGACCAUUUCAACCACCGCCCCAACUUCCCUUUUCAAUUACUUGAAAAGAAAGACGACGAAGCUUGCUCUUCCUCCGCCACCGUCUCCGCCACCACUGGUUACCCUUCUCGACCCAUCUCCACCGACACUAAUAACCCUCCACUUCGAUCCAACAGUUCAAACCUCCAAAUAACCACCAUCGCCACCACCUCUUCCGGCGACCCCUCUAAGAAAUUGGCGCCCAAGAGAACGUCAACCAAAGACCGCCACACAAAGGUUGAUGGACGAGGCCGCCGUAUCCGUAUGCCAGCCCUUUGCGCCGCCAGGGUUUUUCAGCUCACACGAGAGCUUGGUCAUAAAACAGAUGGUGAAACCAUCGAGUGGCUCCUUCAACAAGCUGAACCCGCCGUCAUCGCCGCCACCGGAACUGGUACAAUCCCGGCGAACUUCACUUCACUCAAUAUCUCACUUCGGAGCUCCGGGAGCAGCAUGUCGGUUCCUUCACAGCUUCGAUCCGGUUACUUUAACCCAAAUUUCGCUAUCCCACAAAAUCGGAAUCUCUUCCCGGGAAUUGGAUUAUCUUCAUCGGAAAAUAGUUCAUCCAACCUUCUGAAUUUUGGGUCUGCAACGAAUCUUCACCAGAUAUUACAAACGAAACAAGAAAAUAGAGAUAAUUCAGUUGAGUUAUCGGAAACUGAAGAUAGCAUCGGAAGGAAACGUAGAGCUCCGGCGGAGUCUGAGCUACCUUCACAACACCAACAACAGAUGGGGAAUUAUCUUCUUCAAUCAAGCUCAUCUUCCAUGGUAGCAAAUCACGCAUCAAUUCCAGCUAAUUUUUGGAUGGUUGCCAAUUCUAAUCAACACCAAGCGAUGAGCGGAGACCCUAUUUGGACUUUUCCGGCAGUGAACAACACCGCUUUGUACAGAGGCACUGUUUCUACCGGCUUACAUUUCAUGAACUUCCCAACACCCGUCGCCCUUAUGCCAAGUCAGCAAUUGGCGGCAGGGCUUGGCGGCAACUCUGGUGGCAGCGGCGGCGGAGGAGGAGGAGGAGGAGGUGGUGGUGGUGGUGGUUUUACUGAAGGCCAAUUGAGCAUGCUCGCCGGAUUAAAUCCUUACCGGCCAAUAUUCGGUCCAGGUGGCUCUGAACAGCAAGCAAGUGGAUCUCAGUCUCAUCACGGCGGCGGAGAUGAUCCCCAUGAUACAACUAGCCACCACUCAUAA